GGAUGGAUGGAUGGAUGGAAGGAUGGAUGGAAGAAAGGAAGAAGGGCUAGGAAGAGAGGCAGGUUUGCUGUACAGAGUUCUUAGGCUGACAGAAUAGACAUGGCAUUCCCAUAAAAGGCCCCAUGAACAACCAGAAUUCACAUCUUGCAAUGCAAUCAGAUGUGGUCCUCCUGGGAUCAGGGAAGAGGGGUUGGAGCUUGGUGGGUGAGCAAGAAAAGCCAUCUGAAAGAACUAAGCGACCAGAUGGCUCAAAGACAAAUUCUUCCCGGCCCAGGCUCCUGCCUAGACACAGCACCAUGCAUCUCCUCGGCCCCUCGCUCCUGCUCCUUGAAUACUUGGCCUUCUCUGACUCAUCUAAAUGGAAGUUUGAGCACCCCCACACUCUCUACAGCUGGGAUGGGGCCUGCGUCUGGAUUCCCUGUCAGUACGCAAUUCCAGGGCGUAAGGAUGAUCUGGAAAACCUGACCUUGUACAGCAACUAUGAAUAUGACAACACCACCAAGAACUUCAACGGGCACAUUCUCUAUAAGAAAACAAAGCCUUGGGGGGAUCCUCAUACCCCGGAGAGGGUUCAGUUCCUGGGAGACCAAAGAUCCAACUGCACCAUACGCAUCAACCCUGUGCUUGAACAAGACAAUGGCUGGCUGGGGCUGAGGUUGAUAACGAAGACUGACAAAUGGAUGGAGAAAAUAGACCUCAACGUCUCUAAGACGCCCCUGUCACCUCACAUUCAGCUCCCUCCAGAAAUCCAGGAGUCCCAGGAAGUCACUCUGACUUGCUUGCUGAAUUUCUCCUGCCCUGGGUACCAGAUACGGCUGCAGUGGUCCCUGAAGGAGCCUGCCGUCACCUCGACCUCCCUGACCACCAAGACUGUCUUCACCCAGAGCAAGCUCACCUUCCAGCCACAGUGGACACACCACGGCAAGAAUCUGACCUGCCAACUCUGGGGCCCCAAAGCAGGGCAGAUCCUCUCUGAGGAAACGGUGCUGCUGGAUGUAAAGCAUGUCCCAAAGUUGAAGAUUGAGGUCAAUCCCGAAGGAGCCAAUGUAACAGAGGGAGAGUCUGUGACCAUGACCUGCCAGGUCAUCAGCAGCAACCCAGAGUUCCAGAAUAUAGCCUGGCUCAAGGAUGGGACCCGGCUGAGGGAGCAGGAGACACCCACGUUAACUCUGUCCUCUGUGACCAAGAAGAUGAGUGGAGAGUACCAGUGUGAGGCCUUCAAUGAUCUAGGCUCAGGACAGUCGGAUGAAGUGUUCCUCCAAGUGUACUAUGCUCCGGAACCUUCCAGGGUUGAGAUCCUCUCCUCGCCAGUGAAGGAGGGAAAUAAAGUAGAGAUGACUUGUAUGUCACUGGCCAAUCCUCCUCCAACCAAUUACACCUGGUAUCACAAUGAGAUAGAAGUGCCAGGAAGGACAAGCAAGACCUUCCAGAUCCCAAUGGUCCUCCUCAGCCAUGCUGGGCAGUAUUCCUGCUUGGCAGAAAACAGACUUGGUCCUGGACAAAUUGGCCAGGAGACUGAGUUAGAUGUCCAAUAUGCCCCCAAGGAGGUAACCACGGUGAUUCAAAACCCCACGCGGAUUCAAGAAGGAGACACUGUGACCCUGUCCUGUAACUACAGUUCCAGUAAUCCCAGAGUUACCCGAUAUGAAUGGAACCUCCAAGGCUCCUGGAAGGAACAAUCACCCGGGGUGCUGAUAAUUCAAAAAGUUGCCUGGGACGCCAAGCCAAUCGCCUGUGCAGCCUGUAACCAGUGGUGUUCAUGGGCCCCCUCUGUCAACCUGGAUGUUCAGCAUGCCCCCAAGGAUGUCAGGGUCCAGCAGAUCAGCCCCCCUUCUGAGAUUCACUCCGGGCACCGAGUCCUCCUUGGAUGUAACUUCUCAAGUAGCCGCCCCAGAGAUGUCCACUUCUUCUGGAAGAAAAAUGGAAUCUUUCUGAAGGAAGGAAAAGAACUGAGCUUUGACUCCAUCUCUCCAGAAGAUGCCGGCGAUUACAACUGCCUCAUCAACAACUCCGUAGGACAGACCAUGUCUGAGGCCAGGAGGCUCCAAGUGCUGUAUGCACCAAGGAUGCUGCGUGUGGCCAUCAGCCCAAAGGACCAAGUGGUGGAGGGGAAGAAGGCAGUCCUGACAUGUGAGAGCGAUGCCAACCCUCCCAUCUUCCAGUACACCUGGUUUGACUGGAAUAACCAAAACCUCCACCAUUAUGAUCAGAUGCUGAGAUUGGAUCCCGUGAAGAUCCAGCACUCAGGCGCCUAUUGGUGCGAGGCGACCAACCAGCUCGGCAGGGUCCAGUCACCCCCCAGCACCCUCACUGUCUACUACAGCCCGGAGACCAUCGGCAGGCGAGUGGCUGUGGGAGUGGGGUUCUGCCUGGCCACCCUACUCCUGGCGUUCUGGGGAGUCAAACUUCAGCGAAGCUGGAAGAGGAUACGGAGCCAGCAGGGGCUCCAGGAAAGUUCCAGUGGGCAGAGCUUCUUUGUGAGGAAGCAGAAGGUUAGAAGGGCCCCGCUCUCCGAAUACCCCCACUCCCUGGGGUGCUACAAUCCGGUGAUGGAAGAGGCCAUCAGUUACGCCACCUUGCGCUUUCCUUUCGGCGAGACUGACACACCAAGAACUGGAGAUGCAGGGACCCUGGAGACAGAGGGACCUUCUCCAAACAGGGAUGACACCAUCACUUACUCUGUCUUGCAGACGUGUCGAGCGGGCGACUAUGAGAACGUGCUUCCAGACAGUCCGGAAGACGAGGGGAUACAUUACUCAGAGCUGGUUCAUCUUGGGUUGGGGAAGCGGCCUCUGGCCCAGGAAGCCGUGGAAUACGUGACCCUCAAGCACUGACAGGCCAAACCCGCUGGAGCAGAGGCGCCGAGGGAGGGACUGCAGGGGCCGGGUGGUCGUGGAGAUUGCCCCACCCCCCCUGCUCAGUCGCAAAGCCACUCGGCCUCCCCUCCACAUGCAGGCACACGCACGCAUGCAUGCACAUCACCAGUGAUGCCUCAGUCAGCGCCCAGAACUUCGUAUGUGGCCCAGAGGCAGGCUUCCUUCUCAACGAUGGUAACCCUGACCCUCCCAAAGGCCUGCUCCCCGUCCGCUCUCUUUCCCAUGGGGAAGGUUGUCUAAAUACUGACCCUGCACUGCACACAUCCCCCUGCCCCUCCCCGGCCACCUGCCACCGCCCACCCCCUCAAAACCCGUCCCCAGUGGGCCAGUGUCCCUGCUGGGAUCAGCUUGUUACUGUAUUUUUUUCUUUCCCUCUCCAUUCCUAUGGCCCCCUCACCCCUGCUCUGAAAGCCCCACUCACUCGUCCUGUGCCUAAUUUCUGCCUCUGGGGCAAAGCUCAGGGAGAAGAGGGGCUGUCCUGCGCUGGGUUCUCCUCCACGCAUCAGUGAGGCAUUCCAUUAUGCUGCUGCAGCCCCUGCCCUUGGGGGUCUUGUGGGCUGAGACACACACUGGUGUGGACAGAUGUGUAACACACACAGAACUGCAUAAUAAAAAUGGCUCAGAUACCACUUC